GUUGGGAGUCGGGGGGCCGAAUCACGGUCCGCUCACUCCCGCUGUUUGCUCCCGGUGUCUCCGCGGAUAAUCCUCAGCAGCUCCCGUGGAGCCUCGGGUCACACAUGAUGGACCGAGCGGUUCUUGUUUUUCUUAACUGCCACUGCGAUUUGCCGGUUUCAUCGUUUUAGCCCAGACAGACACCCGGAGACCAUUCGCCUCAUCGGCAGCAGUUUUGAUAAUUGAUUAAUCGCUUAAGUCGUUUCUGGACCGUUGGCCAGACAAAGAGAGGCAUUCGGAAAUGUGGGGCUGGGAUUAAAAACAGGCAUUGGUCUGUGUUUUGUGACAUUUUGUUGACUGAUCGAUGGAUCGAUUUUUCCGCGUGUUGAUUACUCGCCACAUGGAAAAAGAUGGAAGCGGUUUGAUGAAACGUGAAAAGUCCUAAGACGCACUGGAUUCUGUUCCCUCGGCGAAAAGCCUCAGGACCUAUUCAAGCGUCGGGGCCGGAGCGGGGGCAGCCUGAGGCGUAGCAGCCGUGGUGAUGGUGUUGGACUCAGGUGAAGUCUUCAUGGAUCAGGUUGAGGGUGAAAGCGCCGGGAGCAGCAAGGAGCUGUUGGAGCCAGAUGUCCGCGCAGAUCCACCAAAAACCACCAGCAGCUCUGCUGCGACAACCAGACCGCUGACCAAGAAGAGCAAUGUCGCUAAGAAGGAGAAGGUGUCCCAAAACGGACUCCCGGCUAAGUCGAACAGCAGCCAGGUAGAGAGGAGGUCGUCGUCCUUGAAAGGUGGGGCCACGCCCAGACCACCGCUCCGCCGUCCCCUCAGCCUGGAGAUGACGCCCCAGCGCCUGCGAAGGUCUCAGGAGCAGAUGGAGGACAGGCGGAUCAUGCAGCCUCCCUGGCGCAGCGGCCCCGCCGCCCCCUCUCCCCCGGCUCGCAGCCUGACCAGCCCCAGCCUGAGUGCAGGUGGCUGGAUGCGCCGCAGUGAAAGCACCUGCUCGGUCAACUACUCCCUGGGGCUCCGGGCCAGCAAGGGGCAAAUGCGACCUGCCACCUCCCUGCCACACAUAGCUAAAGGGGCGGGGGCCACAACGCUGCCCAAGCCCUCCAGGCCCUGUCUGCUCGUCGCCCUCAGGCCUCUUAACUUGGAGCAGGAGAAGCAGGCUUUCUUUCAGUCCGACUACAAGUACGAACCUCAGUUCGAGUACGCCCAGCCGGAGCCGAGGAGCGUGCUGGAGAAGUACCGAGAGGGCUCGGGCCUCUUCCUCGAACAGGCUGUUGGAAUCAUGGAGUGCGUCCUGAGGAAGUUUGGCUCCUAUGAGAACUUUGAGGAGGUGACGGGCGGCAACGUGCUCCCCAAAAGUCAGGUCUGGGCCGCCGUACGCAAAUACCUGCAGAAAGAAGGCUGUGUGGGAGAGGUUGUGGUGCGCCUGUCCGACGAGCUUCUGUCUCAGGCCGUGAUGGUGGUGGAGAGCUGCCGUCCCACUCUGACCAUCAACCUGGCCGGGGCUCGGCAGCACUGGCUGGAGGGGAUGCUGAGACAUGAGAUAGGCACGCAUUAUCUGCGAGGCGUCAACAACAACCUGCAGCCGUGGGCCACCACAGAGGGCAGGAAGCAGUUCGGCCUGAAACCAGCCAAUCCCACGGAGGAGGGCCUGGCCAGCCUGCACAGCGUGCUGCUGAGGAAGCAGCCCUACCUUUGGCGCGCGGCCCUGCUGUACUACACGGUGUACCACGCCACCAGCAUGAGCUUCAGCCAGCUCUUCAGCCACAUCGCCCGCUUCGUCACGGACCCGGAUGUCCGCUGGGAGUACUGUCUGAGAGCCAAGAGGGGACAGACGGACACUUCGCAGCACGGCUGCUUCAGUAAAGAUCAGGUUUAUCUGGACGGAAUCCUGCGGAUUCUUCGGCAUCGAAGGUCCAUCGACUUCAAGAUGUUGACUUCUCUGGGCAAGGUGUCUUACGAAGACGUGGAGAGGCUGCGACACCUGGCGGUGCUCCCCAGGACCAGAAUCCCACACUUCAUGCGAGACCGGGAGCGGUACCUGCAACACCUGGAUCACAUCGUCGCCGUCAACGAGCUGGACGAUUCAACGCUGCAACAUCUGCUGCCCUGAGCGUCCCCUGCACCAUCUGAAGCCAAGAAGAAGAACUGGAGGAUGCUGGUACAAUGGCCGUAUCAUGUGGUUCCCUGAAUAUCAUUUAAAUGAUCCAGUAUUAUCGAUGCUUUAACUGAGCGUUUUUUUGUUUUGUUUGUGUUUUGGUAAAACUUGAUUGAUACGAACAAAAGGGACGUACACACUAACACCUCUAUCUACAUUUUCACUUUUGUCCAGUGCAUGUCUACGUGGCUUUUUCACAGAGCCGAGUACAGUUCAACUGCCCCCCUUUCCCCCCGCCCCCUGCCCCGCCUCGCCUUUACUCCCACUAUGAAGUUACCUCAAUACUGCAACUCUACGAUGUAACCGACAUUAUAUAUGUAGACUCAUACAUAACCACUGCACCCAACGCCUGUACAGGACACCGCUAACAUGUCAUGUACAGAUUUAAACAUUCAUAAUCACAUGCUUUAUUUAUGCAAUUAUUUAAGUUUUUUUACUUUGAGAGAACAGACUGAAUGUUUCUGGUAUUAGCUUUAUACCUUCUUUUUAGACAUUUUUUAUGCCUUAGAUUGUCUGCAUUUUAAAAAAAGGACACCAAGGACACAUCAUUUCAAAACCCUGGGGAAGUGGAAGCUGAGGCCAUGAAUCUUUAAAUUAUCAAGUGCCAGUGGACUCAGUCAAAUAUUAAAAUAUUCCCCAGGGAGGUCUUAAAAUAUCAGUGUUAUUAAGAAGAUAAAUCAGCUGUGUUGUUUCUGUCUUAACUGUGUCCUUGGUGGUCUUUGGAUAUCAGUAUAUGCUACUGUGAUGUGACCCGUCCCCGAGCUCCCACCUCUGCGCUGCGACCAAACUUUCUUUUGCGACGUUGAAGGAGUGGUUCGAUGUCCUGGGAAACAAGCUCGUUAUCGUUCUUCCGGGAACGUUAGAUGGGGAGAUCGGUACCGCUCUCAUGCAUGUACGUUCAAGUGUGUAGCUGGAGCCAGCAUACAGCUCAGCUCUGUCCGAAAUGUAAGAAGGAAAAUCUUUGGGGGGGGUACGUUAACCUUUGUGGGGCUCAUAAAAUGUGCCAGUGACGGUUAUCAUUUCUGCUUUAAGCUUUUGUUUACGUCAAGGACUCGCGCCACGUUCCGUUUACCUCGGAAGUCGGGGCUUGGGUCGUUCGUCGCACCCAAGUUGACCGCGUUCCAGUGCAAAGGCCGGAAAACCAAGAUGGACGCACUUGUCAUCGUUAGCAAAACCGGUUGAUACCAACGCAAUACGCUGUAUUUCGCGCAGCGCGUACAGACACCGUGGCAACAUGUCCACAGAGAGGGGUCGGACAGCACCGUGUGUACGACUGAUUUCAUGAGACACAGAUAAGACGGAAGUGGCAAUAAACAGGAAAUUACCACCACAUUCACUACUGCUGAUGCACGGAGCAGCCAUCUUGGAUUUUGAGGUCGGGGUUGGCGAGGUUCUUCCGACUUUCCGAGUCCGAAAUCCGAAUUCGUGGGGCGUUCCAAAUUCCGACCUCCCAGUUCUCCCAGAAUCUUCACUGUAAAGUUCUGUGCGAGAACAGAAAGCUUGACAGCCUUAGCCAAUAUUCAGUUCCCGCACGUAAGUCCCUGCAAAAUGGCCAAUUUUCGACUUUACAUCUCGGACAGAGGCGGGCUAAGAGCUUCCCGCUGUUUUCAGUCUUUAUGCUAAGCUAAUGGCUGAUACGAGACCGGUAUUUUCUCAUCUAAACUGUUUCCCAAAAUGUCGAACUGUUCCUUUAACCGGUAGAUGAAGUGCCCCAGUGGCUUCGUUACUACACUGUUGGGCUUUUUGUGACGCAGCCGGACUCAGCCAGUUAUCGUCCAGCCUCACCCCAGACACGAGUCACUGGCUGAGGAGGAGGCUGGGGCGACGUGGGCGUGCCUUCGAUGGGUGUAGAGCUCAUCAGCUGUUGCUAGCCGUGUGUUUGUAGGCUGCUUUUUACCGUGUUUGACACUUACAACCUGCAGAUGUCAGUCAGGGCAUUCAUUUUGGGCCACGUCGUGUGUGUGUGUGUGUGUGUGAGCAGAAGCAGCACCGACGGACUGAAAAACCAGGUCGGAGCAGAACAGGAUGUGGGCUGAACAGCAUCGCAGCCAGUUCAGUAGUCCCAGUUUUUAACUCAAACACUCAACCAAAAUGUAAACUUCACUUCUAUGAUGCAUUUUAAAUACUUGGAUUUGAAAGGUUAAUAUGUAACUGAAAUUUACUCUGCUGUGUUUACAAUUUUAGCCAUUUGGUAAGCAGAUACAUUUUAAAUUCGAGCAGGCUGGCGUCUGCUGACCUCGUCAACCUCAGCCCAGAUUCGCCUAAACGAAUGCACCUAUUUGUAAACGCACGAAUGUUGCACAAGUGUUUUGUGUUCUGGAAAACACCUUGAAUUUCCAGUUUAUUUAUUAAAAAGUACACACACUUAACGAGCUCUCUGGUUGGUUUCAUGAUGCACCAAAACGAGCACCGACGACCUGGAAAGAACGGAGUUCAUUUGACUACAGAACUUGUUUGAGAAUCAUCACAUUUUUAAGUUUGCGUCAGCAUCAAAGUAAAACAGCCACAGUUGUCUGUACAUCCAGUGGUACAUUGCAAAGACGAACUGCUAAUCUCUCAUUGGGCGUUCAUUUAAUAGGGCCAAUUUGCAAAAACGUAAACAGGAGGCGGCUUCGAAGAUUGGCCUCAAGUUGUAGCCCAGUUGUGCAGCAGUCGCAUGGAUGGAUUAGUGAACGGGCCUACCAGGCACAGCCCCAGGGGCCCAAAAGUUCAGAGGGGCCCCUGUGUGAAGUGACUGUUUAUUGGAAAGUCAAUGAGACGACUACAAAACAGAUACACAAAACAAGAAAGAACAGAGGCAGGAGAGCCACGAAGCGAAACGAGUACGACUUGACAAAAUGUCAGAGGCAGAAAACAAAUACAAAACAACCAGAUAUGGAUGCAAAAUCACCACUAAGUGUCUCUCUCAAUCUGUGGGUUUAUGUAAGAAGGGUGGGGGGCCUUUCACAUGUCUGUGUCCAGGGGCC